GCGUCCGUUCACGCGGUCGGGCUUCCGCUGGACCUUGUGCUUUGCUUCACUAUAACCGGGAGGGUCCCGUUAACCAUCCUCACUGAGGGGAUCUAAGACAAACGAAAAGUUUGGAAGAUGACACACAACACGGUUGGCUUUUUCUCUGGCAGCGGACCAGCGAGUGGAAAAGUAUGACACGAGUUUGAUGUUUGUGUCUGCUUCCCCAAGGCCAAGAAAUUAUCUCCUUAGAAGGCAACAGUACUAUGCAUGUUAUGAAUUGUGUCUCCUUGGUCAGCGAUAAAGAAAAUGGGACUAUUGGCCCAGGAGCUGGAUUCAUGAUUGGGCAGACACCACCGCCGCCCCCUCCUCCUCCUCCACCCCCUCCACCUCCACCAUGUCUGCAUUCAGGGGAGGGGUUUCCUCCCUCUCCUCCUCCUCCCCCCCCACCUCCACUCCCUGGGGGGCCUCCGCCCCCACCUCCCCCUCCGGGACUACCCCCAGCCUCUCACAUGAACGGCUACAGCCACCUUGGGAAGAAAAGGCGGAUGAGAAGCUUUUUUUGGAAAACCAUUCCAGAGGAGCAAGUUCGUGGCAAAACCAACAUCUGGACUUUGGCCGCCAGGCAGCAGCAUCACUACCAGAUUGAUACAAAGACCAUUGAGGAACUCUUUGGGCAGCAAGAAGAUACUACCAAGUCUUCCCUUUCUAGGAGAGGAGGAACUUUAAAUUCAUCCUUCCGGGAUGCUAGGGAAGAGAUUACUAUCGUGGAUGCAAAACGGAGCAUGAACAUUGGGAUAUUUCUUAAGCAAUUUAAGAAGUCUCCUCAGUCCAUUGUAGAAGAUAUUCAUCAAGGAAAGAGCGAGCAUUAUGGAUCAGAGACGUUGCGAGAAUUUCUGAAGCUUCUGCCGGAGUCAGAGGAGAUAAAGAAAUUAAAAACAUUUAGUGGAGAUGUGUCCAAGUUGUCCCUGGCGGACUCCUUUCUGCACUACCUGAUUCAGGUGCCAAACUAUUCACUUCGGAUUGAAGCCAUGGUGCUAAAGAAGGAAUUUUUACCUUCUUGUUCUUCCCUAUACACAGACAUAACAAUUCUAAAAACUGCUACAAAAGAACUGAUGUCAUGUGAGGAGCUACAUUCAAUAUUACACUUGGUGCUACAGGCAGGGAAUAUCAUGAAUGCAGGAGGGUAUGCUGGCAAUGCAGUAGGAUUUAAACUGUCUUCUUUGCUCAAAUUGGCAGACACAAAAGCAAACAAACCUGGGAUGAAUCUUCUGCACUUUGUUGCACAGGAAGCCCAAAAGAAAGAUGCUGUUCUUUUAAACUUUUCCGAAAAAUUGCAUCACGUUCAGGAGGCUGCUAGAUUAUCUCUGGAUAACACAGAGGCCGAGCUGCACUCGCUCUUUAUCAGGACCAGAUCUCUGAGGGAAAACAUUCAGCGGGAUGGUGAACUUUGUCAGCAGAUGGAAGAUUUCCUUCAGUUUGCCUUGGAAAAGCUGACGGAACUAGAGCACUGGAAGCAGGAGCUCCAGGACGAGGCCCACACCCUUAUGGAUUUCUUCUGCGAAGACCAAGAAACCAUGAAACUGGACGAGUGCCUUCAGAUCUUUCGAGACUUCUGUGUCAAAUUCAACAAAGCAGUUAAGGACAACCACGACCGGGCUGUGCAGGAGCUGAGGCGGCUGCAGCGCCUGAAGGAGCUGGAACAGAAGCGUCGCUCCUGGGCGGCUGGGGAGCUUGGGGGAUUUUGCCGGAGCAGCAGUGAGAAUGACGUGGAACAGCUGACCAAGAAGGGCACGGAGGACCUGCCCCCCUUCCUGCAACCCAGGCCCGUCAGCCCCUCCUACCGACCUCCUAACACCCGCCGCUCCCGCCUUUCCCUGGGUGCUUUUGCUGACCGGGAGCUGCUGACCUUCCUGGAAAGUUCCACCGGCAGCCCCGAGGAGCCCAGCAAGUUCAACAGCUUGCCCCGGAACAGUCCUCGGCAGGCCCGGCCCACGCUGGCCUGGAUGGACCCGAAGGCUGGGGACCCGAAGGCCCAGGACCCCGGCCAGGCACAUACACCUCAGGCCUCGGGGGGCCGAAAGGAGGACCCCGAGCCGCCCUCAUCAUCUUGCCAGAGCCAGCUGUCCGCCCUCCGGCCUGAGGACCCUACGCCCGCCUUCCCCCGAGUUCGGCGCAGUGGGGUGAGCAUCCUUCGAAAGAGGAAUAGUGAGCCCGUGGGCCUGGGCCCGGCCCGGUCCCCUCCGCUCUCGCCGUUGGCUCUGGGGAUUAAGGAGCACGAGCUGGUGACAGGGCUGGCUCAGUUCGACCUUCAGGGACCCAAGGGCCCAGAGGAGGUGCCCAGGUUGACCGCGAAUGACCUCAGCUCCAGGGUGCCCGUGUCUCCGGGGGAUGGGAGCGAGCCGUCGCUCAGUGCCAGCCACAGCGGCCUGACGCCUGUGGGCACAGGUGCCCCAGGCGGUCUCAGCCCAGCCCUGGAGGGGGGCCCGGCUGCCCCUGACGAACCCAGUGGCAAGGCUCUAGUAUCUGUGGGCAGCAGCGACCCUGAGAGCAAAGACCCGGGGCUUCUGUUCUACAUCUCCGAUGCCACCGACUGCUCGCUGACCCUGGACUGCUCGGAGCCGGGGGAGGCGGGCGGGGGCGAUGGCUCCCUGUCCUCGGGGGCCGGGGAGCCAGGCAGCCAGGUCUCCUCUCACCCCACCUCCAGCCCCGUCGGGGAGGCCUCUGCUCCAGGGUCCGAGGAGAGCCCCCCCGCCCGCAGGGACAGCCUUCCCGGGGACAGGCCCGCCAAGGGGAAGGAUGCGGCGGCCGCCAGGAGAAGCUCGGUCAAAGAAGCGCCCCAGGGCGCCCCCAAGGCCAGCCCUGCCCGGCGCAGCCAGCCGGCGGCCCCCAAGGCCGUGCGCACCCUCACGGCCUCGGAGAGCGAGAGCAUGCGCAAGGUCGUGCCCAUCUCCAGGGCCGGCCGCGCCCCCGGCCCCGCGGGCUGGAAGCGGCCCCCGCGGGAGGCGCCCGGCGGCCGGGGGCCCUCGGACGAGUCUCCGCGGCGGGGCUCGGCGGGGGCGGGGAAGGAGCCCCCCCUGCAGCCGCGGGGCUCGCUCAAGAAGCCCAGCGCCAAGCCCCUGCGGAACGUCCCCAGACAGAAGCCCGAGGAGAACAAGAUCUGCCGCUCCGGCCCGCAGGGCCCCGACAGCCCCGAGGAGGAGCCCCCGGCCCCGCCGGCCCCCAGCGCGCCCCGCGCCCCGCCCCCCGUGCCCAGCUUCGCCCGCAACACGGUGGCCUCCUCGUCCCGCUCGCUGCGCGCGGACCCCCCGCCCGGGGCCAGAGCGCCCGGCGUACCCCGGGCGGCGUCCCAGCGGCAGCCGAGGCCGAAGGGCGGCCCCGAGGAUGCGGCCCCCAGGGACGGCGGCGGCGGCGGCGGCGCCCUGCGGCGGGCCAGCAGCGCCCGGGCCCCCAGGAGGUGGCCGGAGGCGGCGGGGCCGGGGGCGGGGGCGGAGGCCCCUCCGAGGGCGCGGGCACCCGGGGACCGCGCCUCCCUGCGGCUGAAGCCCUCGGAGCGGACCGCGCUGGGGAGGAUGCUCGAGCCCUUGCGGAAGUGACAAGUGACGGCGCGGGAGGACCGGCCCCGGCGCCCCUGUCGGCGCCCCUGUCGCUGAGGGUGCAGCCGCGGAGGCCCCUCCCAGAGCAGGGACCCCACUGGCAUGCACCGGGGAGAUGCGGUUCUUACCCACUGAGUAGAAAGGAAAGAAAAUCUCGGCCAGUUUUUCUAUGUCCAACUUAUUUUUUAAUAUCGCAAAAGUAUUUUAGUUCCUUUUGCAGAAUGCAAUGCCUCCCAGGGGGAAAAACAAACAAAAAAAGACAAAACCCUUAAUAUGAAGACCUGAUUCUCCCGCGUUCCCGGGCCUCGGGGUUCCACGUCCCGCACGCCGCCCACUGCUGCCAACUGGACUCUCCGCAAGCCCCGGCUGUCGGGGUUGGCGCCGCCUCCCUGAAGGCGCUCGGCCUCACUCAGCUGGUGUGACUUGGGGUGAGGGUUGCAUGGAGAUGGGGUGCUCCCGUGCGUUCAGGGCGGCUGCGGUGGGCAGUGCCUUCCUGCAGGAUGCGGGGUCUUCCUGGACUUACAAAUCCAUAUUUUAAUGAAAAGGCAUCAGGGGCUCCUGAGCGGAGCACGUCUUCCCCUUCGUGUUUUCCCAUUUAUGUAUCUGUCCUAAAACUGAGUGAAGGCUGCUAAGACUUGGGUUCACUCUCGUUACGGGGAAGAAUGAACCCUUCCGUCCCUGUCCUCUCCCUCCCUCCUCUCUGCCUGCAGCCAGCCCUCCCUUCUCUUGCCAACCCCACCUGGAGCCUGGAGAGUGUAGAUCUGCGUCCCGGAUGAUACUUGUUAAUGUUGACAUCUCUUCUUUGAUACAGUGGUUUUUAAAUCCUGAGAAAAACCAAACCAAGUUUUUAAAAACAGACCAAAAACAGAAGAAAAACUGCUUUUAGGAGAAAUUAUAUUAUCUGGACAUUUUUUUUUGGGGGGGGGAGGCUUUAUUCAAAAGAAAGGAGAGAAAAAAAACAUUUACUGUUUCUACUCACUGCCCAUUUCACUACUUCCUUUUGAGACUAAUUAGGAAAUGAGGGGAUUCUUGAAACUUUCUUGUUAUUUAAAGUUACGCCCUGCCCUUUUCCACUUUUGGUCACUUAGUGAAACCUUAGUGAAUCCUUACUUUAGAUCCAACGGUGGUAGAUGGAUUUCAGCAAAUCCAUGUGGUUGAUGUUCCAGUCUUCCUCCUCAAGAAUAUUGCCUUCCAUCCAAAUUAAUUGGAAACUUUGAGCUUCCAUAAGUCAGCUAGAUUGAAACGGUAAGCUUUAUGGCUAAAUAAGUAAGGCACCUGAUCACAAAACCUUAUAAAAAUGGCCUUGAGUAGAUAUUUCCUUGGCCCCACAAAAAUGGUUAUGGAAAUCCUGCACUGCUUCUCAUCAUCUCAAAAAGUCUAAGAAAUCAUAUAUUUAACCACGCAGACAACAACGUUCAAAACAUAGGGCCCAUGGGUGGCUGGAAAUGGAUGAAAGAGGUCAAAAGUUGGUGGAUAGUGGGGUGCCUGGAUGGCCUGGUCGGUUAAGCAUCCGACUCAUGAUUUUGGCUCCGGUCAUGAUCUCAGGGUCAUGGGAUUGAGGCCUGUGUUAGGCUCCUAGCUUAGCACGGAAUCUGUUUGGGGUUCUCCUGCCCCUCCCCCGACUAAUGUGCACUCUUUCCCCCUCCUCCCUAAAAUUAAAAAAAAAAAAAAGAAUUGUGGAUAGUGGUGGGGUCAGGACCUCCAGGUAGGAUCCUGGCAACUGGGGUCCCAGUCCCUGUUCUGUUGCUAAUGCUGUGUGACUUUGGCAAAUCUCUCCCUCUCCCUAAGCCUCUGCUUCCCAGCCAGAGAAGUGGGAACAUGGCCUCAGUGAUGGUUUCUAGAGGUUCCUCUAGCUCCAAGAGUCCAAGUUACUACAGACAACCAAGGACCCAUCUACCCCAGGACCAGCUUCUCCGAACUGACCGCCAGCACCUCCAUAGCAGAGGCCUCAUGUCAAAGGCCUGCUCAGAAGGAAGCACCUUCAGAACAUUGUUGCUUUGAAACCUAAUAAGCUGAGUUUCUUGAGAAGCGGGGUUUUACUUACCCUUGUGGAGCUUCUGUGUAUGCAUCUGUAUGAGCAGGUGAUCAUUCUAUUACCUUUUAUCGGUAGUAAGCUUUGAAAAAUAAUUUAAGUAUAUAAUGGAGAAAUGUAAAUAAGUUUCUAUAUAAGUUGUUUAAGAUGAACUGAAUGUAUUUAAAGGUCCAUUUAUAUGUUCUUUUAUGUAACAUGUAGCUUAAUAAAGUUCCUGUUUAUGGGA